GGGGGACUUUUACAGCUGAACAAUAUGCUUCACAUGUGAAUUACAUGAGUGACGAUGGAGCUCGCUAAAAUAAUAUUUUUCUUUUCUUUCUGCUCUCCAGGUCUCAUGGCGGAUAACAAGUGGUCGAUGACAGUACCUGAAGCUGUCGACCAAGACAUUGGUGAAGAUGCCAUCAUCCCUUGCAAUUUUACAACUCCGUAUCCAGACUACCAGGGUAAUAUAACAGUAAUUUGGAGAACCAAAUCGCAAGUAAUUUUCCGCUGUCUGAGCAAAGGAAAUCUGUCAGAAAGUGGACACAACUGCUCAGAGUCUACUGAACAUUACUCAUUAUCUGGCAAUCCAAGAAGAAACAACAUCUCAUUGAGGAUUAAAACGGUCUCGUUUAUGGACAGAGACAAGUAUUUCUGUCGUUUUGAGUUGGAUAAGAAAGAAGAUGCCUAUGAAACCACUACAGGAACCAUCUUAAACAUCCGAGCUGUGCCGCAAACACUAGACAGUAUCUACAUACAAACACUUCCAUCAGGAGAGCAGUUUGUUACGUGUGAUGUUAAAGGAACACCUCCUCCAACAGUGACAUGGAUCAUUCUAGGGAACAUGAAUGCCUCUCAGGUGUCUGUUCAAAGUGGCUUUGCAAGAGCAUCGUCCACUAUUCCUGCAAAUCUGCCCAACACCAACUACACCUGCCAGAUACAUGGAGAGAAUGGAACGCAGCAUCUUUCAAUUUACUUCAGCGAAGCUCAGGAGCAACAGCAGCAGAUCCCUUUUCCACUCUUCUUAUUCGUUACGAUACUUUCUGGAAUAUUCUUCAUUCUUUUUUUAGUCACUUUAGCCGUGUUGUACAAGAAAGGGUUGGCUAAGCCUGUGGACACUGCAACACACAUGGACAUUAGGAAAACCAAGUCUUCUGAAAAAGAUGAGGAAAUUUAUGCAAAUGUUUAGGCCUUCGUGACCUGUGGCAUCCAAAUA